GCUCUCCCUGCAUCGUAGCCAUGGCCGGCUACGAGUACGUGAGCGCCGAGCAGCUGGCCGGCUUCGACAAGUAUAAGUACAGUGCGGUGGACAACAACCCCCUCUCCUUGUAUGUUAUGCACCCAUUUUGGAAUACGGUGGUUAAGAUUUUCCCUGCGUGGCUGGCCCCAAAUUUGAUAACGUUUUCUGGCUUCCUGCUGCUUGUCUUCAACUUCUUCCUCAUGGCAUACUUUGAUCCUGACUUUUAUGCAUCUGCACCUGAUCAUGUGCACGUUCCGAACAAACUGUGGGUCAUAGUGGGCCUUCUCAAUUUCGUUGCUUACACGCUAGAUGGCGUGGAUGGGAAGCAGGCUCGCCGGACCAAAUCCAGCACCCCGCUUGGCGAGCUCUUUGACCAUGGCCUCGACAGCUGGGCUUGCAUGUUCUUCGUGGUGACGGUUUACUCCACCUUCGGCCGGGGCCCCAAUGGCGUCAGCGUCUUUGUCCUCUACCUACUCCUGUGGGUGGUUUUGUUCUCAUUUAUCCUCUCCCACUGGGAGAAAUAUAACACGGGGAUUCUCUUCCUGCCGUGGGGAUAUGACAUCAGCCAGGUGACCAUUUCCAUAGUGUACAUAGUGACCUCGAUUGUGGGAGUGGAGGCCUGGUAUGAACCUUUCCUGUUUAAUUUCUUAUAUAGAGACCUAUUCACUACAAUGAUUAUUGGUUGUGCGCUCACUGUGACCCUUCCCAUGAGCCUGCAUAAUUACUACAAAGCCUACUCAAGCAAAACAUUGAAGCACGACUCCUUUUAUGAGGCGAUGCUGCCUUUUUUCUCACCAGUGCUGCUCUUCAUCUUGUGCAUCAUCUGGAUCUUCCAGUCACCGUCAGACAUCCUGGAGACCCACCCUCGCCUCUUUUACUUCAUGGUUGGGACAGCGUUUGCAAAUAUUUCGUGUCGGCUGAUAGUCUGCCAGAUGAGCAACACCCGGUGCCAACCUCUCAACUGGAUGCUCCUGCCGCUUGCCCUGAUCAUCCUGAUUGUCAUGUCAGGGCUGGUACCGCAAUAUGAAACUCUCCUCCUCUACUUGCUCACUGCCAUCAUCACCCUGGCACACAUCCACUACGGAGUCAGUGUGGUGAACCAACUGAGCAAACAUUUCAACAUUCGGCCCUUCUCUUUACGAAAGCCCAGCUCUGAUUGACUAGACAUGGAGGAGGCAGCAGAAGAGGAGAAAGUCAGCCUGCAGUCUGCAGAGGCUGUGUAAAUUCAGCAGCCUGUGUAAAUAUACUUCAGCCAUCACCAUGGAACUAAAAUUGACCCAGUUUGGAAGGUCGUGGGAGGGGGCAGAGAACUCGAGAGAGACUGGCAGUGGAGACCAUUCUUUCCCUGCCCCCUCCAUCAUGCCACACGAGAGGGAAAGAGACUUCACGGUCAGGAGCCUGCACUAGACCGACGGAAUGUGCCCAGGGAAACCUCAAGACCAGGCAUGGGGGCAGUGCCACGUGGAACCCUUGAGACACCC